AUGCAAAGUAUAGGACGUCGAGCUCAUAUUGUCAACUUAGAUCCAGCUGCAGAACCAUCAGAAUUUGAAUUCACAAUAGAUAUCAGAGAUUUGAUCUCAUUACAAGAUGUUAUGGAAGAAUUAAAUUUAGGUCCAAAUGGUGGAUUAGUUUAUUGUUUUGAAUAUUUAUUACAAAAUUUAGAUUGGUUAGAUGAAGAAAUUGGUGAUUAUAAUGAUGAAUAUUUAAUUUUUGAUUGCCCUGGACAAAUUGAAUUAUAUACACAUAUUCCAGUCUUACCAACUAUUGUUAAACAUUUACAACAACAAUUAAAUUUUAAUCUUUGUGCUACAUAUUUAUUAGAAGCUCCAUUUAUUAUAGAUCGUUCUAAAUUCUUUAGUGGUGCGCUAAGUGCAAUGAGUGCAAUGAUUUUAUUAGAAUUACCACAUAUUAAUAUUCUAAGUAAAUUAGAUUUAAUUAAAGAUGAAUAUUCUAAAAAACAAUUGAAAAAAUUCUUAAAUCCUGAUCCAUUAUUAUUACAUCAAGAUGUUAAUAAUACAACAAAUCCAAAAUUUGCAAGAUUAAAUGAAAGUAUUGCUCAUUUAGUUGAUGAUUUUGGUAUGGUUCAAUUUUUACCAUUAGAAGCUAAAAAUUCUGAAUCAAUUACUACAAUUUUAAGUUAUAUAGAUGAUGUUACUCAAUGGGCUGAAGGUCAAGAACCUAAAGAACCAAAUGAUGGUUUAGAAUUUGAUGAUGAUGAUUUAGAAUGA